AUGCUUGGAAGAACGCGACAAUACUCCGCUUUUGCGUCAAGCACAGACUGUCAUAUAGAUGGAGCAAGUUCUUUUUUUUGGUUGGGACAAUUCGAGACCCUUUGCGCUUUUGAUAGCUGGACGUCGUCGCAAAAUGCCCCCCGGCGAAAAGACUGGCAUGAAUUCGAGGAACUCGAAAAGUUACCCUCCCGUAAAACAACAACCCAGGAUAUAGCAUCGACGAAUCCAGUUCAAGCCAUGCUACAGCUGUACCAGGAGCUUGGUAUUUCCAGCCUAAACAGCUGUAUGUCGUUUAUGUCGCAGCUUCACAAGGGGCAAAUACGCUGGACGUGUAAGUUUCAGUGCCCAAUUUCGGGUCGAGUUCACUCGGCCUGCGACGUUUUAAACGAUGACAAUGUAGGUUGGUCGACCAAAAAGGCAGCACAGAAGGCUUGCGCUGUAAAUGUUCUUAACACCAGCUUUCAUGGCGAUAAAUUGCAAUACGGUCAAUUUGAUGGUCGCAGAGCAAAGACGUUAAAAACGUCGAGGGGAGUUUUAGACGUUUCUAUUCCUUGUGGACCAUCAGCACAUUUCAGCUUCCCGAAAGACCACUGGAAAACAGCUCGGCUCGUUCCACAACGGCGGUGUUCACUGUUUGAACUCAUCAUUAUGACAAAUGACGCCCAGCCACUCUCCCUGCUGACUCAACGAGUUGGUCUUUUGUACCCAGAGUGUCUGUCUUUUAUUUCCGUAAAUGAAGUCUUUGAGACUCAUUUCGGGACACCACGAGAAAAGCAAUUAUACAAAGCUCGACUCAUUCGGGCAACGCCUUGUACUCUAGUGGACGCAAAAGAAGUCGCGUGGCUACAAAUCUUCAAUCGGAUUGUUACAGAUUGGAAAAAUUAUGGUUUAGGACGGGACGCCGUGCGGUGGCUCCUUCCUGAGCGGUACUUGCGAUGCCAAGAUUUCGCCGGACAUGCAACAAGUAUGCUAGUACCCUUGAGUCCUGUUGGUGAUCCAGCGAUUGACUGGAUUAUGGUCAAAGAUGAACUGGAGAACAAUGUUCAAUGUUGCCUUCUAAAAGGAUCAGAUCAUCCAAUUGAAGUGGUGUCGACCGACAUCUUGCGCAAUCGCAUUUUGAUGCAAGGUCGGACGAGAUACUUAUAUCGCGUGUCUACAAACAAAAGAGUUUCUUUACAAUCAGAUUUUAACAGCAAAAGGAAUAAUCCUGGUUCUUGCAAUCUUCAGAAUGAACUACAGGGAUGCAGAGCUGACCUGGGGAAGAAAAUGUUUGAGGACAACUAUUGGGAGGAAUGCGAACCUGAAUCUACCUUCCUUUUGCCAACCCCCCUGGGCUUUCUCCAUGUGGCGUCGUUAAUGGAAGAUUUUAUGGCGGAUUUAGAGAGAAAGAUGUACAUCUUUCAAUGUGCAUCACAUCUGGAACAAGCGUGUGAAGCACAAGCUUUAAAAUCAAAUACGACGCUCGAUGGACACCCUCCUUCUGUACGACCGAACUGGAAGCACAGACAAAGCAAUCUGGCUAGACUCCUACUCGAAGCUACGACCGUUCAUCCCCAACCUUUUUAUGAGAGGUUAGAGUUCCUUGGUGAUGCCGUCUUAGGCUUUUGUCUGGCACUGAAUGCGAUGACUCGAAAUGCCUCUCUAGAAUAUGAUUGGGAAGAGCUUGGCCUUGUUAUCUCGAACGCGGGCAAAAACAAGGCUCUCGCAGCCAUUUGCCAUCGAGCUGAUCUAGAGGCCCUCGUUACGUACCCAAACUAUCGUUGGAAGAGUGCUUAUCGCCCUGGACAGUCUAUAAAGGCGAAUGUCUCACUCGAGAGCCAGAAGACAAGCGACACAUCUCGUUUCGCGCCCCAUGAGAUCGUGGAAAGUGUAAUCGCUUCAGUAUAUUUGUCGGAUAUGGCAGAACUCUCUGCAAUAAAGGGAAGUCGUCUUGUAACGCUCAUGAAUUUGCUGCAACCACCAAUGAAUUACAAAGGCAACACUUGCUUUACAAGGCAAGAUAAUGAGUGGUUUACUCUUGCUGAACCCUGUAUUAAGGCGCGCUACGAUUUUUCAAACAAUCUUGAGUGGAGCAGAAUAAUCGACAAAAUCGGUCAAUUGAUAGAUACGGAUGCUCCACGAGCAACGCGGCUCCAGGUGGGGUACCAAAACUACCUUGACUGCCUUGCGCCGUCUUCAUCUGCGAAGGAUUUGGAGAGCGAAAUACCAAAGAUCCUUCUCCAAUGUGCUCUUUUCGACGACUCUCUAGCGGAUGAAGCGGAGAACGUCCAUUCCGGCGCCGUUGAAAUAGCCCUCGUACGUGACACGCUAGGCCAGCUCGGUGGAUACAGCCUACAACUCGCAAUUUCGGAAGACGCCUUCCGCAGAUUUCCCGAAGCGGAACCUCGAGAUUUGCAUCUUGUACGGGCUUGCGCCAUCGCAGACGAUGUUGUCGUCUACAUUAUGUUGAAAGCUGGUUUAGACGGAGCCUUGUAUGAGCAACCGCCCCCGUUCUCACAUGUUUUUGAGUCCAUGAUGAGGGAAUCAGAUGAACGAGGAAGGCGACUCUGGCAGCAGAGUAAGGGAUGGCUGUUAGAGUGUGGACUGCGUGGUUUUCGGUCACGCCAUCGAGCAUUUGCCUGGGAGGGUUUUGCUCACAAAGACAAAAUAGAACCGCAGUAUCCUGGAAUUGCUGGUGGGCGACUUGCGGGCCAUCGGAAAAAGGUACCAUCUUAUUUAACGGAGGACUUGGCGUUCUCCUUCAAAUGCACUAUCGGUGCACUAGUCCUUUCGCUGGGCCUUGAUGAAAUGUGGAAUUUGAUUGGUCCGUUAUUUCACGAAGUAUUACUGCUGUCUCCUCAGGAAUUGCGACGUGAGUUCCAACUAUCUUCUACGAUAGUUCAGAGCGCCUGAGGUGAGAUGCUUUUCUGCGCUUCUCAGGAGUUGCAGAAUAAAGGCAAUAUUUGAGAUUAACAAAAUCUUUGAAGAAUAAAAUCGUGCUUGAGAAUCACGCGACGUUCCGAAUUCGUCUACAGAGUCUACCCAAACGUUGGGACGAUAGUAAAAGCUUACCGUAUGGAUCGUAACAACCUUGAUAUCAAACAGCCCCUACAUGGAACAACAUAUCAGUCGGCGUAUUCGCUGCUUGAAUCGUCGUUCUCCUCGCCAUCGAAACUCAAGUCAAACGGAGAAUCCAUGUCAAAAGGGACCGAUUCUUGCCGGGUCAAGUGGGCAAGCUGUUUCCAGUCGCUUCGAACAAUACAACUGGCCAGAACUACAGCUGCAGAAAUGUAUCCAACGGAAAUUGAAGCUGCGACUGCCUGCAAGUCGAAUUCAAAAGCAAAUAUGCAAAGAAAAGCCAGAGGCAUUGCACAUAGCCAUCGACACGCAAGAACGGUCGACGAGGCUAGAAUGAAACGACCUUGAGAGCCGACAAGGCUCCAGUAUACUUGGGCAAAUGCCAUGGUAAGAUUUGCAAACCCUGUCAUACCAACAAGACUACUGAAAAGAUGCUGUAAGGUUGGGUCUGUUGUGAGGGCAACCGUAAUGUUUGGCCCUACCAUGAGAAAAACAGAAGUGCAAACAACUGCUUCAACAAGUGUCCAAAAAAUAACCUUGCUGGCUAGAGUCUGAGCUUGGAAGGGGAUAUUUUCGGCCAAAUAAUACGAUACUCGAACAGCUGCUGCUUCCCCUAUUCCUUCGGACGUUGCUUCGAAAAUUUCCCAUACUAUUCCCAUUAGCGCCCACGUCGCAACUUCAGCACCACCGAGUCGGCGAACAAAGAACGUUAGGAGCUCCCACUGAAAGAUACGAAAUGUUCUUAGCACGGUGUCUUAAUGGACAUGUACGUUGCAAGAUAUCAUCCUGUUCUUACCUCGCGGAGCUCCACUAAAGAACCAAUCAAGAGAGGGAUUGUAAAAGAGACGAAGCAAACAACAGAUUCCUUGUCCUGCAAAAUAAUAGAAGAUAAUGU